UUGACAUUGUUUACGCGUUUUUAUAUCUCUUUUGUGAACCCCUUCCUUCGUCUAAGUUGAGAAUAAUCUCUAGUUCAUCAACCAGUACAAAUCAACAGAAUAAUGAUGAAGAAGAUGAAACAUCCGAUUGAUGAUGAAGAACGCAAGAUGAAGAAUUUCAUGAAAGAUUUGCCGAGUGAAGUGUCUUUCCGGCGCCCGUCGUCGGAAGAAGAGCUGUGGGCAUUUUGGAGUGAGCCGACUCUCUCUCCUUGCGGUGGUGGUGGUGGUAUUACCGAUUCGGCAACUCACACCCCGGCCACAAAUCAACCCAUCAUUACAGACAUCAUCAAAUCUUUCCUUCUACGCUUGGAUCAAAGUUAUUGUAUGGGUGACCUUCUAAUUCAGUUUUGGGCACCCAUCACAACAGAAACAGGGGGUGUCCAGCUUGUUACUUCAGACCAACCUUUUGCUAUUUCUUAUCAUCUUGAUGAACGACUUCUUAAAUAUAGGAAGCACUGCUUGCAAUAUAAAUUUAAUGUGGAUGAAGUAGAACACCUAGGAAUCCUGGAUGAAGUAGAACACCUAGGAAUCCCUGGUCGUGUUUUCCGCCGAAAAUGGCACCAGUGUAUGCCAGAUGUGCGACUUUUCUCUACCAAAGAGUACCCACAGCGUGAUUUCGCUCUAGCUUGCGAUAUUUUAGAGACUACUUCUUUGCCGGUGUUUCAAACCUCUUUCCAGGAAUGCGUUGGAGUACUUGAGUUUACUGCAACUACCAAUACCAAUUUAGACCGGACGAUUGAAUGGUAUAUGAAAUAUAAGCUCCAGCGUCAGCGUGCGGGUCUGAAAACUUCUUUUUCUAUUCUUGAGCUUCUAUGUAAACAAAAUUGUGAUCGUGAUCUAAAUUUAGUGGCUGAAAUCCGCCAAGGAUUGGGAGUGGUGUGCAAAACUCACAACUUACCUUUCGCCUACGCGUGGGUUCCGUGCAGACGUUGCAAUGGCUUGGCCAUUGAUGGCAGUAUGGAUAAUAGCUACCAUAUGACAGUAUGGAGUUGUUCUCUUCUGGAUGAUAAACUGAGGUCUUUCUGUCCUAGUAGCAAGUAUGCCUUUCAAAAGGGGCAGGGAGUUGAAGUUGUUAGGAGAGCAUAUUUGUCACAUAAACUAUGUUUCUGCAGAGAUAUAACUCAAUUCAGCAUAACUCAAUACCCCGACCUGCCCGUUGCACGCUCUUAUGGGUUAACAGGUUGUUUCGCGAUUUGCUUGCAAAGUACUUGUGCCGAAAAUUAUCAUUACGUACUAUAGUUUUUUCUGAAUCCUAAAAACACAUAUGGUGUGCCCAAUAUUAGAGACAAUGAAGCAACAUCUCCCAAGCUUUAAGCUUGCUUCUGGAGAAGAGCUCGGGAAGGAGUUAUCGAUUGAAUUUAUUAAACCUCCCCUGAAUCAAGAGUCUGCUACUUUUCAAUGCCAAAGUACUUCAUCUCCAUCUAGGCCUGGAGUCUUACAAAUUGGACAAGAGAUGAUGCAGCCACAUUUGUCAAAUCAA